UCAGAAGGUCGUUGUCACUGAUAAUGACCAGCUAUAUAAGUUUGGACACCUCUCAUGCUCUGAAGACAGCGGUCUCCACAGAAGGUGCUUAAAACAGUUUCACCAUGUUUUGGUUGCUUGUCCUUGUCGGCGUUGGUCUAACCAAUGCUGAUGACAGUUCUGGUGGCUCCUAUCUCAUUACAUCCUCGAGAUACCUGCAACCAGGGAUGCCGUUUAACGUAAGCAUCGACAUCCUGAACACCACCGACACUGUUCAUAUACAGGCGGAAGUGCAGCGUGUAUGGAACAACUAUACGAACAUCUAUAGGAUCCCUAUAAUGAUGGCUAAGGGAGACUUUACUAAAGGAACAACAGGCACUCUGUCCAUGAAUAUUCCAAGUCACGUUGAAAAUGGUCGUUAUAGACUACAUGUACGCGGUAGCGGUGCUCUGCAGUUUGAGCGAGAACAAAGCGUCUACCUCCGUUCCAAGUCUAUCUCUGUCAUGAUUCAGACAGACAAGGCCAUGUACAAGCCCGGACAGAUGGUGCAUUUCCGUGCCUUUGGUGUGUAUCCCAAUCUGCAAGUAUACACUGGAGCUUUUGACAUUACUCUUCUUGACCCCAGCAGAAAUAUCCUGAAGGAGUGGACGGCUCUCCAUGACGCUUCUGGAGUUGUGGCUGGAGAGUUCCAGCUGGCAGACCAGACUGUUCUGGGAGACUGGACAAUCAAAGUCCAACCAAGGGAUGAAGUCAUCAUGACAUCUAAAAGCUUUACAGUUGCUGAGUACCAACUGCCUCGUUUUGAAGUAAAGGUGGACCUUCCUUCGUUUGCUCUGACAUCUGACAAGAUGUUGUCUGGCACGGUGACGGCCAAGUACACCUUCGGCACACCAGUGAAGGGGAUGGUGGAGCUACACACUCAGAUGCAAACAGGCAGCGACUAUUGUGGAAGACCGCCCAAAUAUGUUGAGUUGGCGUUUCCGAUUGAUGGGGAAGCCAAAUUUGAAAUACCUAUGGCUGACAUCAUGCGCCUCCAGAGGUAUUUGGAUGGCUACUCUGUCGCCGUUGUGGCAAUCGUGAAGGAGGGGCUAACUGGAGUGAAACUAAACGGAAGCAACACUGUCAAGUACCACCAAUACCCCUACAAGAUUGAAGUCCUCAACUCCAGCCCUAAAACAUUCUCACCCAAACUACCAUACACAGCAUAUAUCAAGGUGUCCCAACAAGAUGGCCGCCCUGUGAGCGACCUCAGCAGCCCUGUUGGAGUGUACACUUGUGUCACAUACCGUAUUGUCCAAGAUGACCAGUCCGAGUACUCCUGCUCAUCCUUCACCGGCAACUACGGCCUCCCACCCACAAACUACACCAUCCCUGCCUCCGGCAUCAUCCCCGUGGACAUGCGCAUCCCCGAGAACGCCACCAGCAUUGAUGUGAAGGUUCACUACAAAGAAAUAUCGGAUACUUUGUCGGUGAAGCAAAAGGACUCCCUCAGCAGUAACUACAUGCAGCUGCGACUCACAAACAAGGGUCUGAAGGCGGGUCAGGCGGCAACGUUCACUAUAGAAUUGACCGAAGAUGUUCCGUUCAUUACCUACGAGGUAUUGUCCCGGGGAACUGUUGACAUCACUGAUCAAGUUAGUGUUGGGGGACAAAACCCCGUCCAGUUCAACGUUCCAGUCUCUGCUACAAUGGCCCCAGAAGCUCACAUCAUUGCUUACUACGUCAGGAAAUCUGGGGAGGUUGUAGCUGAUGGCCUUAGUUUCAGUGUGGAUGACAUCUUCGACAACAAGGUGUCCAUUGACUUUAGUCGCAACGAGUCAAAACCUCAUGAAAACAUCGAUGUCUUGGUCAGCGCCGAUCCCCUGUCAUCUGUCAAUCUUCUGGCUGUCGACCAAAGUGUUCUUCUUCUGAAGUCCGGAAAUGAUAUUACCACAGAUCAGGUUCUUGAUGAACUGAAGACGUACAGCUCUGGACAAACUGAUGGAGAAUUUUCACCGGAAGUAUUUGCCAUUUCAAGCAGUUCGACACAAGCUUCUAAUGUCUUCUCGGAUGCUGGUCUUCUCGUUAUCACUGAUGCUAGAUACUACGACUACAACUACUAUGCCUCGAAUAAAGGACCGAUUGGUUACACUCCGAUGCCUGGUGCCACACCUUAUGCUCCACUAGCAGGAAUGGGACACUCAUCAGGUUUGAAGGAGGUGAAAAGGGUUCGAAAGAACUUCCCAGAAACCUGGCUCUGGGUUAACAAGACAGUAGGAGCUGACGGUAAAGCCACCAUCAGUACCACCGUGCCUGACACUAUCACUUCCUGGAUCGCCAGCGCCUUUGCUGUCAACUCCGCCACAGGACUUGGUGUAGCCCCGUCUACUACAAAGCUGCGUGUGUUCAGCCCCUUCUUCGUGAGCUUGUCCAUGCCUACCUCGGUGUUACGUGGAGAACAGGUCGUCAUUCAAGCCAGUAUCUUCAACUACCUCCCCAGUGAUGUUGAUGUGGUGGUGUCAUUGCCAACGUCUACUGACUACACCAACGUGGUUGUCGACAGUACUGGGAAGACCAGGCAGGAGUCUAAGGACCAAACACAUUACAUCACGGUCAAAUCCAACGAGCCCCAGACUGUGUACUUCCCUAUCAUUCCAUCAUCUCUGGGAGCUAUCGACAUCGAGGUGUCAGCACGGACAACUCUAGCCGCUGAUGCUGUCAGAAGACAGCUCAAUGUCCAGGUCGAAGGCAUCCCCAAAGAAUACAACACACCUGUCUUCAUUGAGCUGACCCCAGGUGGUGCUGACUUCAACCAACAGGUGGCACUUUCACUACCACCAGAGACGGUAACUGGUUCAGAGAAAGUCAGGGUCAAAGUAACAGGUGACUUGAUAGGCGCAAGUCUUGACAAUCUGGAAAACCUUCUGGCACUUCCGACUGGAUGUGGUGAACAGAACAUGAUGAACUUUGCACCAGAUGUAUAUGUGGCCGAUUACCUGUAUGCAACUAAUCAGAUCACACCUGCCUUGGAGUCGAGGAUCAUGAGCUAUCUGGAGCUAGGAUACCAGAGGGAACUGGCCUAUCAGAGAUAUGAUGGAUCCUUCAGUCCUUUCGGAGACCGAGAUGAGGCAGGACACAUGUGGCUGACUGCAUUUGUAGCCAGAACUUUCCAUCAGGCAAGACCCUACAUCUUCGUGGGCAACCAGACUCUAGGAAAUGCACUCAACUGGAUGGCCAGCAGACAGAAUCUCGAUGGGUCCUUCAAUGAACCUGGACUAGUUUUUGACAGACAAAUGAAGAGCUCCAAAGCUUCAUUGACUGCUAUGGCCUUGCUCGCCUUCCUUGAGAACCAAGACAUUAGCGGGUUUGGUAUUAAUGAGUACACGCUGGGAAACGCCACUGUGAAUGCCACAAAUUACCUGGAGUCAAUGGCUCCCUCUAUCACGGAUCCCUUCACUCUUGCCAUUGUCAGCUACGCCUUGUCUGAGGCUGGCAGCUCAGUAGCGGAUGUCACGUUCAACAAACUCAACGCUGCAGCUGAUGUUAAAGGUACACUCAAACACUGGACCGAACCCACUACCGCCUCCUCUAACUACUACACAAAAUGGACUCCUCCACACACCCAAGCCCAACCAAUUGACAUCCAGACUACAGCCUAUGCCCUACUGGCGUCGUCUUCACGUGGUGAUCUCAAAGGAGGUCUUCCAAUCACAAACUGGUUGACGUCACAGAGGAACCCUUAUGGCGGCUUCUCUUCAACGCAGGACACAAUGGUGGCUCUGCACGCACUCACUGACUAUGCCCGACGUGCACACACUUCCGGAUUCCAAGUAGAGGUUGACAUCAAGAGCGGAAGUGACAGCCAGCACAUAUCUGUGACAGACAACAACGCACUUGUGCUGCAGUCUAGAGAGUUGACGACAUUCCCCAAACAAGUAUCUCUCACUGCCACUGGUAAAGGUGUUGCUUAUGCUGAGGUUGAUGUGUUCUUCAACGUGGAGGCUGAGAUCGGCAAACCAUCCUUUGACAUCAGCACCGUACUCCUUGAUGACACCAUCAACAACUUCAGACUCAUGACCUGCACCAAGUGGUUAAAGAAAGGAUCCAGUGGCAUGACAGUUAUGGAAAUAUCUAUCCCAUCAGGCUUUGAUCCGGAUAUGACGUCAAUUGGGAACGUCGCUGGCCUUAAACGUGUUGAACGACGAGGAAGGAAUGUUGUUGUUUACUUUGAUGAAAUCGGCACAACGUCCAUUUGCUUUGACAUCCUGUCCACCAGAACCGGCAUGGUGACGAACAACCAGCCCAGCUACGUCACAGUCUACGAUUACUACCAGCCCAGUAACCAAGGUGCCACAUUCUAUGAAACCCGCAGUCUCAAGAAGGCCACCAUCUGUGAUGUGUGUCGCAAGUGCUGCCCCCAGGCGUAAGGAUGACGAAAACAGAUCAAGAUGGAUUAUGUUCAUUAUGUUAACAUAAAAAAUAAAUGCCAGAUAAAAGG